AGACAUUUUUUUAGAAAGUCUAGCUUUCCUUGUGACAAUGACAUAUUUACAACAAAACCUUAAAUGGUUGUAUCUAAUAAAACGAAGAUGAUAAUCUCAAACAGACACAAAGUUAGAAAGCAAAUUUUCUUACAACACAGGUGGGUCCGUGUCUUCUACUUUAGGGGCUGCUUUCUUGCAAUUUAAAAGGAACACAUCCCUCCUCAUCCUUCCCCUCCAUUCAUUCAAGACGUGGCUCGAGGGUAAAAUCGCUGCUUGUUUCCUUCUACACACUGCAAACCUCCAAGCCCCUCCCUUCAGCAUGCAACAAAAUUGUGUAGCCAAUUUAGCAUGCCUCCCUGGUUUGGACUUCACUAGCUUUUUCCUACCACAAAAUGAUCUCCACAUCUAUGAUGUCAAUCCACUGGGCAUGGUUGGUCCAUACAACUACAAUGGAAGUACCACCAUCAGCUCAAUGUCUGCUGGGACUGCGGACAAUCAAGAUAGGCGCAACAAUGAUGAGAGGAAGAAGAGAAGGUUAGCAUCAAACCGUGAGUCUGCCAGGAGGUCGCGUGUGAGGAAGCAGAGGCGCUUGGACGACCUGUCAUCACAGGUCGCGGAGCUCCUGGAUACAAACCAGAGGCUUCUUAUUGAGCUCAACCACAUGAUCGCCAGGCAUUCUCGAGUAGUUCGUGAGAAUGCCAAGCUUAGAGAAGAAGCUGCUGCCUUGCAGAAAAGGCUCAAUGAGAUGGAAGUGGAAGAAGCUGAAGCUGCACCAGGCACCCCCGAGGUGGCUUAGUUUGAGAAAAAAUGUACAAUAUCGUGGUUAGUAGCCUCAUGGAACUGUUAUGUAGAUAGAUACUAAUUCAGUGGUCUAUUUGUUCUAAGGGAGCAUAUAAGUACAUAUAGGAGAUUACAUGCUUUAUUUAUAUUCUUUCACUGAACCUUUUCUUGAACUAAUAUGAAUCAGCACAAUCGAGCUCUAGCAAGGCAUG